AUGCUCCGGCUGGUCACAGCAGGCGGAGGUUCUUUCUUUGUAAANCAGGCGGAGGUUCUUUCUUUGUAAACAUCUGCAGACCUGUAGAACUGUGUUCGUAGGGUCUCCGAUCUUCACUGGUUGUAUGUGCGUCAGUACCAUUAGGAAGAUACCUAUAUCCAGGUUUCCACAUGUAUACGUGUUGUAUUAAUCGGGGGCGUGCUCGUGCUCGUGCUCGUCAAACCAUCACGGUAUCGAGUCACGCCUUCAUGCUUUCUCACACAACGAAUCUCUCUGAAUCCUCACCAAAAGCCUCUCACAACCAAGGAAAAUAUGUAGAAAGUUCCUGUUCCUCCGCAUCUCAUCACUGCAAUAUUCGUACGUACGUACAUAACAUCUCAACCAUCAUACUAUGCUACGAGUAUAUCGAAUAGCCCCCCUGCUCGUAUGCAUCGUCAUGCUCCGGCAAAAUAUCAAAGUCAUCCUUUUCAUACCAGUUCAUCCCAAAACANUAUACCAGUUCAUCCCAACACACAAUCAAAACCAAGAAAACGAAAAUACAAAAUCCCAACACCAAAACAAUACGUCCGAAAAUAAUCAAUCGCAUACUAACUCUUCCAAAUCACCAACAAAAAUCCCUAACACUAACUCUCCAAAACACUACCAUCUCCACUUGACUCCCUCCAUCUCUUGUUCAAGGCCGUACAUAUCCUCUCUCUUCCACUCCGCGGAAAAACACGAUUUGAUCCGAAAACACUUCUUUCACUGCAAAUUCAUCACAAAGUCUCUGUGCAACGCAAAAGAUUCCUUGCUGAUAGCCUUCGUCAAGAAAUCUGCAUGCUGAAACUCCGACGUCACAUGCGUAAUCGAAAUCUCCUUCCUCUCUACCAGUUCCCUGAUAAAGUGAUGCCGUACAUCGAUGUGCUUCGAGUUUGAGUUCGUGAUCGGGUUGUGCGCAAUCUGAAUCGCUCCCUGAUUAUCCUCGAAGACCGGAAUGCACGGCAUACCUGCAUCUGGCAACAUAAAACGCCAAACCUGCCUCAAGAAAAGCACUUCCUUCAAGACGUCGGCAAUUGCCACAUACUCUGCUUCCGUUGUGGAGAGCGUGACGCACUUCUGCGUCCUCGAAAACCAAGUCACACACCCACCCCCACACAUCACUAGUCCUCCUGAGACCGACCUACGGUCUGCUGCCUUGCUUGCAUAGUCAAGCAACACAAAGACCUGCAUGCUCAUGCCAGUGACCACUCCCCUCUCAAAUGUAAUCCCCAUCCAACUCGUCCUACGCACGUACCCUAAAAUACCAAGUGCUGCCUUCCAGUGCACCAUCUUGGGAGACGCGCAAUACCGCGCUACUGCUCGUACUGCAUUCGCGAUGUCCGGCCUGGUUUGAGUGGCCAACCACAUCAGAGAUCCUACCAACUCGCGAAACGGGACAUCAGCACACGCUUCGUUUUCGUCAAAGUCGGUGAGCUUCACGCUCACAGGCAAGGGCACACUCUUCCCCCACUCAACGCCGUACUCUGCAGCCAACUCUUCUGCAAACCUUUGCUGCGAGACCCUCCAAAGGCCUCUCUCUAGAUCUCUCUGGUAAAAGCACGCGGAGUACCACCUCAACUCCCCAAGGUUUUUCACGGGGACCAUCUCGUUGAGGUCACUGCCAAACUUGUCACAUCUCUCCUUCUGCCCUACGGCAAAAAUGUCAUCCACGUGGACCACAAUGAUCAUCAUCACACAUCCGUCCUCCAUCAAUCGGAAAACACAUGCAUCCGCCAAACAUUGCACAAAUCCUAAAAGUAACAAACACCUCGUCAGGUGCGCAUGCCAUUGUCGUGAUGCCUGCUUCAAACCGUACAGACUCUUGCAUAGCUUCACGAUCAGUCCAGAGAACCUACCACAACCUUGUGGGAGACGCAUGAAAACAUCCUCAUCAAGCUCAGACUGCACAAAUGCCUGCUGAAUAUCGAAAUGGCACAAGUCAAGGUUCUGCUCACAUGCCAAUGCUGCCAACAAACGCACACUAGACACGGAUACGGUGGGUGCAAACAAUUCUCCAAAAUCAAUCGAAGCCCUCUGCAUGUCCCCUCGCGCUACAAGUCGUGCCUUGAAUUUCGUCGGCCAUCCGUACUCGUCUGCCUUACAGUUGAAUACCCACUUGGCGUUGAUGAAGUUUUCUACUGGUUGCUACACCGGACUAAAAGUACCUGCAUCCAGCAGACCGAAAAACUCACGACCGACUGCAUCAUCCCACAACUCUGAAUGUUGAGACCGCAUGGCCUCCUUGAACGUUUUCGGCACUCGGAGGUCGCUGGCGAGGCAGUGAGGAAGGUCCGGCGUCUUGUCAGGAGGGCGCUUGGCACGAAGAGUGGCUUCCACAUCCUCGCGGGUGGCGAACAUUGCUGCGAACAUGUGCAGGCCCCCCGGCCCCCCAGCUCCUGCGGCCCCCCCGCUCCCAUGGCCUGCUAAACUCGUAUCUUGCGGCUGUGGGGGAGCGGGAGGGGCGAUGUUGGCGGACGGUGGCAGGUCUCGACGUCCUUGAUCGACGGCUUCCCGGGUGGCGAGCGACGAGACGAGCGCAUCCUUGCCCAUCAUCGACAGCAGCCCAAGGCGGUGUUGGAGAGCGGUGCCGCCACCUGACGGCGACGGCGGUUGCUGUUGCUCAUCCAUGAAGCGCACUCGGUCGCCGCGCGUACGGCCAUGUACCCUGGUUUCUUUCUCGCCCAACUCUCUGACGGCUCGCUGUGAAAGCGGCGGGUGAUGGGGAGCGGGAGCGACGGCGCUUGCGUGCGGUGGACGGGGCGGCGUGGCUGCGGUGGACGGCGGUGCACUCGACGACGCCGUGGAUAUCGGCGACGGAGCUCCGGACCCUGUGAAGAUCGACGGAGAAGCUGGCGGCGGUGAAGCGGGCGGCUGCGUAGCGGUAGUCGCUGUGGGCGGGGUGUGGGUGUACGUCCGCGAUGUCCAUGGCGGUGGCGGUGCGGCAGCGGCUGUAGGAGCGGCGGCGGCCGGCGAGGGCGCCGCGGUGACCGAAGAACCCCCCCCGCUGGCCGGUACCGGCGCCGGCACGGCGGUGCGGCGGUUGAUCCACACGACGUUGUUGGACAGGCAGAUCCUUCCGGUGUCGGCGCGGAGUACGACGGCAGUGGCGUCGGAGUGGUUGCGCGCUCCGUGCAGGUAGAAGCAACGAACGGAUUGGACGUCCGCCUUGCUGGCGCGCUUCACGCGCAUCAUCCCCUCCUGGAAAAAGGGGACGACCUUGAGCGGCGGUUUGCGUCCGAAGAAGGCCUCGAACGGCGACAUCCAGGCCGGGUUGGCCGACGUCGCGGAACGGUUGAAGCAGCCGGAGGCCCAGAUCGCCGAUGCAAGCCACAGCCGGUGUCCGUUGGCGUCCAUACCGGGGAUGGAGGCGAGGUCGAAGUGGCCCAUGGAGAGGACGUGGCGGCGGGCGGCGUGGCCCCCCUUCAUGGCUCGCCAGAUGGCGCUUUCCACGACCGCAUUCUGCUUCGGGGUGUCGGGCGCGGUGUACUCGCGCCGGAUGCCAGCGGCGUCGCAGAACGCGACGAAGGCAGCACUCGUGAACUCCCCCGCGUUGUCCAUGCGGAAACACCCCAGAGGGCCGUUGCCGUUCAGGUCGGCGAGGAAAUGCCGCGUGUACGUCAGGGUGUCACUCUUGGCCCGCAUGCCGUGCGCCCGUUGCCACGGCGACGCACUGUCCACGAACAUGAUCAGGUAACGGGAACCAUCGAACGCCUCAGAGUACGGGCCGGUGAUGUCGAUGUGCACCUUGCCGAACGGUACCGCCGCGCGGGUGACUCCACGCCGCGGCACCGGGGCCCUCCUGCCCUUCGCCUCGAUGCAGCCGACGCAUGGCUGCAGUUCCCCCACCAAUUGAACACCCUGCUGCUUGGCGGUUUCCCGCAUCAAAAAUUCAUUCACGUGGCCGGUGGAAGCGUGGAACAAAUUAAUGUCGAUGGUGGACGUGGGUUUUCCUACAGUGAACGCUGGACCACCGGGGGCGAUAAUUGCCAAAGCAUGGGAAAGGUAGGGGGGACCUUCAUCUUGCUGCACACGGGACUCUGCAACGAAGUCUUUGAGCGCGUCCAACUCGUCUUGCAUCACAGCGAACGCAACGGGGGGCUCCACAGACUCACACACGCCUAAUGGGUCGGGAUAAAAGUCACCCGGUGGGACCGAGUCUUGUCCGUUCGUCAAGCCUACAUCCAAGAGCAUACUCAUGGCCAUCAAAGGCAAAUUAUCGUGGGACUCAAGGGGCAUGAUCUCUAUCUCUCGCGACACAUUCGGGUUAAUGACUGAGGGGGACAGGACAUCGGAUGAGGCGAUGGCUGCGGCUAGGGCAGGCUGAAAAUCUCGGAUCGACGUAGGCACUACAUCAACAUCGAUAGACGGGGAAACAUCACUCUGAGGUACUACACCGGAAGUGGUGGACGGGAUGCUCGAAGCCGAAGGUACAACACCGGCAGUACCGAUGGACGGGAAGCUCGA